AUGGCUCCCCUUUCUUCCGCCGAGGGCUCCUCCGCCCCGCUCGCCGACUACUUCUUCAUAUCUGGUAUCGAGAGCUCGCAGGUCUACGACGAGCGCCUCCAGCCGAGCGGCGUCGUCUCCCCGCUUGCGUCCCCACCAGUCGAUGAGACGAUCGAAGAGGACCGCGCCCUCGAGACCGAUUCGAUUCGCCCAACAUCACAGGACGGCCUGCCCAAUGGCGGCAGCACCCACCGGCGGUCCGGACAGCGCAUGAGCGAGCACCGCCAAUCAAUCGGCACCAUCACUGGCAUCGACAGCAAACCAACGGUGACAGCCAGCAACCGCAGCAGCGCUACCAUCAAAGGCCUGAACCUUGGCGGGCCCGGCCUUAGUGAUGUCGACUUUGAGAAUGCGCUGCGCAAGUUCGCCUCGGAGCGAGACACCUUCCUGGAGGAGAUACAGUUCAGCGCAGGAGUCACGCAGCAGAGCCGCCAAACGCCCACGAGGCCACGCCCAAGACCCCCACGCGUCUCACAGGCACCGAGCGUUAGCGCAGAAGAUGGGAUCGCGAACCUGCGCUCAGGCGUAGGGAGCAUUCGAAGGCGCCUGUCGACCAUGCAGAGCAGUCUGAAAAGGCAGCCUUCGACAGCACGUCAGUCCUCAAUACGAACGUCCAAGCGCAUGUCAGGCUACAAUUCGGUGAUUCCAGCGCCGCAACCGUUCAAUCCAGAGCCCAACAUGCACCCGCUCUUGCGCCGCUAUGAGCCCGUGCUACUGGACCGCUAUCCGCCCAGGAACAUGGUCGAGGAGCUCAAGCGACGAAAUCCCUUCCCGGACUAUGUGCCCAUGUUCGCUUUCCCAGAUGAUGUCAGCGUGGUUUCCUCUGACGAGCGACCGAAGACGCAAUGGCAUGGUUUCGCCAUGACCAAUGGCGACAGCUCCAAGCUCUACGGUAUCACCAUGGUUGUCUGGUUGCCACUGAACGCCACUGCAGCAGAAGGACUCGAGCGUCAGUGUGAAGAAUGGAGAAGAAAUCAUAUGAAUACAGAAGAGAGGGAACUGGCAAGCAGCCUAGGUGAACGUCUCGCACUGGAACGGGCGAAAUUGUCGCAGCUCUUGGCUAAGCUGCCAACCGUCCAGCCGGACUCCGAUGAACGAGACAAUCUAGAUGACGAGAUAGGCGCAGUGGAAGAGAAGAUCCAGCUCAUGACAGACCUUCUUCGACCAGUGAGGCACGGUGCAGCAUCGAAGAUCGAGGGGCUGACCGACGGAGAGACCGGCCUUUGGAUUCCACGUGCUUACGGUGUGAUGGGGAGGGAGGCCAGUCUCACGCCACUGUGGAAAGAAUGGCUAAAGGCGAUUGUCGUCCCCAUGACAAACGGUGCUGUCCUGCGUGUUCCUCCAAGCUCACCACGAGUGGGCAUGUGGCAACCACUCGAACGAUACGUUGUCAACCUCUGCGCAGAGGCUCUUAGUCCGAUUACCUCCAUCACUCAGGUUGAGCUGGCUGUACGUGAGCUUCGAAUGUACGCCCGUAAAGAAGCUCUGAACGAAAUUCCUGGAUCUCGCAACAUCGACCUCUACGCCCUCUUCCGUUGUCUGUCGAUACCGAACAUCGUCACGCUCUUUGAGUACGUCCUCUCCGAGGCAAGGAUCAUCCUUCUUUCAUCUCACACAGCUAUGCUCCACCUCGCAAGCAUGGCCAUCACAAACCUCAUCUACCCGUUUCAGUGGUGCGGCGUCUUCAUUCCCGUCUUGCCAGCCCGUCUUGUGCAAACAAUCGAGGCACCGUGCCCGUACAUCGUAGGCAUUGAGCGACGAUACGAACCUACCGACUACCCAGAUGACGACUUUGUGCUAGUUGAUCUGGACCAGAACUCGAUCGUGUCGAACGGACCUCCGCCCCCGCCUCUGCCUCGCCAGCAGCGCCGAAAGCUCACCUCUCUCCUUCAGCACUCGGCACCGCACCAUAUGCGCUACGGUGUUCCCACUGGACCUCCAGCUUAUGCUGUGGAAGCAUUUCCAUAUGACACCUUCUGUUCAGAGAAUCCAGGUAUCUUUACGCCUAAAGCACACGCAUCGACCGUACAGACCUACGUCGGUCUCAACUCCACAUCGUUUGGCUCUGUUACAGGACCAGCCAGCGGACGUCCACUAAUCUACAACGCAUUUUUGCAAUCAGGUGCCCAUAGUCGUGGCAGCGACAGGCCCUCCACAUCCUCCACGGUCAGGACCUUCUCGAACUCACCACCUUCACCGAAGGUUUCUCCUGUGUCGACGGUCUUUCCACCUAUGCCUAGCACUCCAAUUUCCCGUAGUGAUUCAGGCUACGCGCUGCAGGCGAACCUGCGCGAGAAGCGCUCAGCCCAUUUCGACGCUCAGUCGCGGCGUAGUUCUUCGUUUGGGUUCGAAAAGGUACCACAGACGAGGAGGCCCAGCCAACCGAUGCUGGGCCAUGCGCCGAGCGCUUCAACAUCUUCGUUGAGUCAGGAGUUGCGCGCGGGAUCUUCUUACGCGCCGUCGGUGUACGCUCAAUCCACGCUGGCAGCGUCGACGAUCAUGCCUGGCAUGGCGAUGCAGCCCGUGCGCAGUACGGCGAGUGUGCAGUGGCAGGAAGGCCAUUGUCUGCAGUGGAGGCCGCACGAAGACAAGGCUACCUGCUCCAUCUGUGAGGAAAAGUCGGAUGAAGGGCUGUAUCGAUGCUCUGGAUGCACCACCCAUGCUCACGCAAGGUGCGCCCCUUCAAUCUGCAUUGUCUGCCCUGCGGCUUUUCGACCCGAUCAAGUGCGCGCAUCGUUUGUGCGAUGUUUUGCCAGCCUGCUGUACACUUACCGCCGCUACCUUGUACCGGCGACUGGCGACCGCAAGAAGUCCGGCAUGCACUACCAGUUCAAGAUGGAUGAGUUUAUGAAGAACCAGCCAGCCGAGAACGUGCAGUAUCUGACUACUCUGCAACAAACCCAAGCUUUGAACGAGUUCAUCCAUGAACGCGAGAGCAUCUCCGGCGAGGAUCCUAAGAUCAAGCUCUUUGACGAAGUCAUUCUCGCAAAGAAGAACCGCGGCGCAUCUUCAUACUUUUACAAAAUCAAGGCCGACUUUCUCUCCGACACCAGCGACCAUCUUUGGCGCACCGCACAUGCCAGCCCUCCAACUUCUCGUUUCCCUGGGGAUUAUCGAGCUGUUGUCAGCCGAGGCAAGUCGUCUUUAAACGUUCACGAUCGACAUCUGCUGACUUCCCUCAGUCCCCGCUAAGCUUGACAUUACACUCAUGAAAGAACCGCGCGUCAUCCAAGGCGUGCCUCGACCUCAAAACGCGAAAGCACGACGAAAGCCGAUCCCCUCUAUGCUCUCAAACGGCUUCCCUGCAUCAUGA